UCGCUGUAACUGAUAAUAAUUGUUUCAUUAUUAAAGGAAGAUUAAGUAUUUUCAACAGUAGGCUAAUAUAAACGACUGGAAUAAUAACUAACUAUUUAGUUGAAGACUGCUAGAGUUUAUACUACAUUGACAGAGAUUAGUAACUGAGAAUGAUUUUUAAAAGUUAUUUGUUGUUAAUAUCAUAUUUUGUUCUGCAAAAUCUCGCGACUGGGAUGAAUUUGCAUGAUUUAAGUAGCAUAGAAAUAUUCAUUAGUAAUGUUCGUGAAAGAGCGUGGUCAUAUUAUCAAGUGGAAAAUGCGAUAAUCAAGGGCGAUGAGAAGGAGGAUAUUUUGAAAGUGAUAUUCUAUGAUUUGAGAAAAAUAUUGACAGAGUUUAACAAUAUGUCUGCUGAUUCGCGAAAUGUAUUAUCAUCGGGCGGUUUAGUUUCUUUUAUUUCUACUUUGGAGAAAUUUGACCGUAAGAAUGGUUCUUUUUUGAGCUCUAAGCUGUCUGAUAAAUUGACGAAGAUAUUCAAUAUAAGUGAAACAAUAAAUUCAUACGUCGAGCCACUGUUACAAUUGGGGACCAAUAAUAUUUCUGAUAUUGAAGAUGUGCUUAAAUUCUGUCCAACUGAUGCAAACGCUGGACAAAACGAUCAAUUCAAAUAUGAAAAGCAGAUCAUUCUCAAGGAAUACAGAGAAUUUGUUGAGAAACUGACGACAGAGAUCAAGGAUGAUAAGCGGUUCAAUGUUUGUGGACAAACACCAUCAUUGAACCAAGCAGUUUUCAAUUACUAUCAUCAAGUUGUUGCCACGUAUCUCAAAGAGUAUGUAAUGCUCUACUACACUGAUAUUAUCGAUGCACGGUGCUUCAAUUUGAAAUCUGGUCCAUUGUUAAUGAUACGUCAUAACGAAUCUCUCAGCGAGUUAACAGAUAGUAUCAAACUGACAAAAGUCCUGCUUAAUAGAACCAACCACUACAUGCAUAGAUGUGAUGCAGAUCACCAUAAAAUCAGUUAUAACCAAGAUUCGUAUCUCGAAUUAAAUAUGAUUCAAUCAAUUAUAAUAGAGGAAAAAGAUAUGUCUACUGACGGAUAUUGUUCACACAAUUGCGAUUUGAAUAAUAUAAAAACAACAAUAAAUCAUCGAGAUUGUCAUGAAUUUCGUGAUUGUCAUUAUAUUGGUAGCACAAUCGAUUACUGUGAACCCAAUAAAGGAACAGCUUAUCCGCGGUUUAACUGGUUCAAAAGUGGGGAUGUCACUUAUGGUGAUGAUCAUCUUCAAUGCAAUGGCAGCCUAAAAAGAGUGUCCAGCUACUUCAAUUUGUUGAGGCGUGGUAGUUGCGAUUAUUGCGUUUGCUCAUGUGUCAAAGAAUCAGACGACGAUUCUGCAGUUGCAGCGAUCAGUUUCAGGGAACAGAUUACUGAUAUUCAUGCCAAUGAAGUUGUUGUGGGUGUGAGAUUCGUUAAGAAGGGCAGCUUGAUCCAUGUUCAGAUCAAAGAAGGCCAAUUAAAACCUUAUGGAAUUCGUAAAACUUCUUGGAAACCCCUGGAAACAUUCAUACGAUAUGGAAAAUGCAGAAGAUUCUCUGUUAUGAACAGCAAUUCAGUCAUGCGCCAGAUGACUAAAGGAGUAGAUUACGGAGAAGCCAAGUUUGUAAGCUUUGACGACAUGAUUGCACCCGAAGGAUUUGUUGUUACGGGUGUCAGGUUUGGAGUUUCACGGAAUCGGUUCAAUAAAGCGCGAGACAUGGUAGAUACGAUUCAAUUGGAAAUUCGUGUCUCACCUUAUGAUUACGUCAAAGGAGUAGUCUAUGAAGACUUAACUCAUUGGGUUAUUCCAGAUCAAUCUAUCUGGAGGCAGGAAUUCAUUCUGAUAAAUCCUGAUAAUCCAACAAAAUCAACUGUAAAUUAUGUAGACUCAACUCCGAUCAAAUUUGUUAGACUUCAAGCUUCAGAUUUGUUGAAAGACGCCGGGCAAUCUACGGUGCCGUUUUUUGAUGCUCAAGAUGUUGAGGGCAAACCUGAGUUUCCUUUAGGAGGAGUCGGGCUUGUUCAUCGUGGUCGCGAAGGUUAUGGAGGAUUUUUGGCAUUCAAAAUUUACGAUCUUAAUCUUUCGAAAUACUUCCAUUGAAAAUCAUUCAUAUUAUUUACUAUUUUUGUUCAGUUGUAGAAAAUAAAUUAAAAUUCUUAUCAGAA